UAUUCCUUUAUAGUUGGACAUUCGUUUGAAGGGCAGAUAUAAAUAUGGAACAGCCAAACUGGCGUAGACCAAAGGGUAUUGAUGCUCGGGUUCGAAAAAAGUUCAAGGGAUGUACUUUGAUGCCCAACAUUGGUUAUGGUUCAGAUAAGAAGACUCGUCAUUAUCUUCCAAAUGGCUUCAAGGAGUUUGUUGUGCACAAUGUCAAGGAGCUUGAGCUGCUCAUGAUGCACAACAGGACUUACUGUGCUGAGAUUGCUCAUGAUGUCUCCACAAGGAAGAGGAAGGAGAUUGUGGGGAGAGCUGCUCAGCUUGAUAUUAUUGUUACUAACAAGCUUGCUAGGUUGCGCAGCCAGGAGGAUGAAUGAGUGCAGACAUGAUCUACUGAAACAAGUAGUCAUUUUAUCAAAUUUGGAUAAUUCUGCUGUUUUUUAUAAGAUAGUCACACCCUCAAUGUUGUUUCUAUUAAUGUUAAUGAUUGUACAAUCCUGGGGAUGUACCCCUAUAGUUACGUCUGCC